CGCGUUGUUUUAUUUUACAUCGGGAUCGGUGUUUGUAGGUAAAGCAGGAAGAGCGGGAAACUCGAGUUGCAGCUGCUGUCAACUCAUGAAAAAUGUUUUAUCAUCAAAGUAUUUUGAACAGAAGAGGUGGAGUUUUUGGAACAGUAUGGUUGGCAGCCACCAUAAAAGACGAACAUGUAUUAAAGAGAAGAGAAGUUUCAAGAGUUGAUUUAUGUAAAACCUGUGAUGACAUUUUGAACUACAUAAUGGUGAGGAAGCAGCCCUCGGUACCAGGACGGAGUCGCCCCAGGUUCUCCCUCUACCUCUCCGCCAAACUCAUGUAUGGAUGUGUCAAGCUGUAUAGAAAACAAACACAGUACUUACUGGAGGAUAUAUCAUCGUUUCUGGUGAAAGUAAGACUGGCAGUACACGUUGGUGAAAACAUUGAUCUGAAUGUUGCCUGCAGACCAGAACUUGUGACUAUGCCCGACUUUUUGUUGAUGUCAUUGGAAAAACAACCAUUCUAUGACCCAUACUUUGGCAGAAUAGACUAUCGAGAGGAAGGUAAAGAUGCAGAAGAAAUUUUGGCAGAGUUAUCCUCCCCUAGCAGUGACUCCAGUGUAGAGAGAAUGAGACAUCGUAGAGAGUCGAGUGUAUCAUCAACAAAACAAAUACAUGUGGAACCGGAACAGAGUUUCAUUAGAUCCGCUUUAGGCUCUCCACACACUGUGUCAAGUUUGGACCAAAUUACCCUAAAAGAUGUGGAUAUUCCCAACCUGCCUCAGAUUGUUGAACAGACUGAGUUACCUGCACUUGAUGAGCAUAACAUGCAAGCUCUCCUUGAUGACUCUGUCAAAUUACCAGUAGAUGCUGUCCCACCAAAUGACAGUACACUCUUCCAACCAGAUGUUUCUGUUCCUAUACUAGGCAAAUACCCUGUGAAAGGAUCAGAAGCCUUCAUAAAUCUCUCAUCCCCUUCAAAAACCUUAGAUGGAGGGAAAGAAUUGGAGAAAGAAAUGUUGUCCCCCAAGGAAAAAACCCCUCGGGGUCAGCUUGAGGAUGUACUACCCGACGCCCCACCAGCACCCCGUGAUCAUCGGCCAAGGUCACCAGAGGUCACCAUGCUGCCCCCCACAGAAGAGGAACCCCGCAGGUCAUCCAGAAAGAGGCGGAUUGAUUUGUCUCUAGAGUUAGCUCCCUUGCCUCCAAGUCCCAGCGCUAGGAAGCGACGGAGACGUCAUUUAGUUGUGGAUGAAAAUAUCAUGAUAUCCAAAGCAGAAAUGAAAAGAAAUCUUCAGACAGGAAGUGACUUAUGCAAACCACUUAGAGUUCCGAUAAUCAAAAAGUCAGACUGCACCACUCUGUUCAAUCAGCCGGGGAGUCGAGGUCUGAGGUGUGGUCCCCUCCUCACCAUGUGGCAGCUGAACCUGAAUCUAGGACUGUGGGAGACCCAGUCUGAUGUAGAGACUCCAUUUUGGACCGUUCCUACUAUUUCUAGAGAUGAAACAGCUAGUCAAAGUAAGCGCUCCAGACGAGCUCUUUUGCCUGAGCCAGAGGAACCAAGACAGGAAACACACCUGGAAAUUCCAGCUGUUCCCGAGAUGAUGGACCUAUUGCCCCCACAAGCUGAUGUCUCCACCCGUGAAGAUAGGAUGUCCCCUGAAAAACCAAGGGCAGAUAUAAGUGUAGGACAUGAGCUCUCUUCCAUGGAGAUCCUAAGAGAUGCCUCAGUGUCAAUGGAGCGAAGUCUCCUUCAAGAGGACAUAACUCCUGUCCAGCUCCAAUUGUCAGCCAGAAGCAAAGAUGAUUCUUUCUCUGACAGAUCAUCUUCUAGUCGAAGGAAGAGAAGCAGGUCGCGGGGAUCUAUUGAGGAGGAGGUGCUGGCCCCGCCCUCGGAGCCCUCUGUAUCGGACACUCUCUCCCGGAUAAACCUGAAUCUGUCGGUGGUCCCUGAGGAGCCGGAGAUUCCUAUGAUGGAGACACCUGUGUCAGUUUUCUCCAAGGUCUCACAGGCAGAGAGUAGAUUGAUCAGGCUUAUCAACUCUUACACAAGUGAAGUAGACUACACUACAUUUGAGGAGAUCUGUCCUCCACAUUUAUAUGACAGGAAACAAGCAGCCUCCUUGUUCAACGCCUUGUUACAUUCAUGUGCCAAAGGAUGUGUAUAUGUUGAACAACGGAAUCCCUAUAAAGAAAUCCUCAUACAAAGAGGCCAUGCAUUCUGAAACAGAGACUUUUUUCAAAUGACUGAGAGAGCAUGAAGUGGCAGUUUAUUUUGAACAUGGUAGUUUAUUCACAUGUAUUUAACAGAGAGGACAUGUGACUUAUAAAAGUCAAUGCUUUAAUGUACAACAAGAAGAUGAGUGCAUGAGUUCUAGACCCAGACAUUCUUUAAUCUAGUUGUGUUCCGGUUUGAGCAGCUAGUAUAAUAUGAUAUCAUGUGCAGGUUAAUUAAUUUUUUCCCCAAUGUUAGAUUUCCAAAGAGUUGUUAUGUUGUAUUAAUGUUAUUCCCAGUUGGAUAUUGCUAUCUGAUAUUGUUGUUAAUUGUUAUUAAUAAUUAAGGAUGACGAUUCUGCUUAAUAGUUUUAAUGGUAUAACAGUACUGAUCAGACCCAACCUAACACCAAAGUAAACC